AUGUCAAAUGAACUGUCAAAGGCAUUGCAAAGGAAAGAUCAAGAUAUCAUGAAUGCAAUACAAUUGGUGAGAUUGUGCAAACGACGACUCCAAAUAAUGAGAGAUGAAGGGUGGGACUCCUUUUUGGAAGAAUUGUGUUCUUUCCGUCAACAACAUUACCUUGAUGUAUCCAACAUGGAUGAUAUGCUUUCUGUCAUCGAUUUACAACUUCAAGAAUUGAAUGAUUGUUUCGUGGAGGUAAAUAUAGAGUUACUCCUUUGUAUAGCUUGUAUGUCAUUGUACUUAACGAUCCACUUGAAACUUAUAUAUUUGACAUGUGCUCAAACAAAGAUUGAAGGUUUGAAUGACCUUGGUGAUCUUGCGGAGAAGUUAGUAUUGACAAAGAAAUAUAAGGAAAAUAUCAAUCAGCAGCCCCAGUCUUCUCAAGCAUACUUCUUGGAAUUAGCAGAUUACUUGCCUCAAUCCUCUCCAGCAGAUUACUUGCCUCAAUAA